AGUCAACCAUUACCAUGGGCAUAGCCGCGUAGGAACUCCCAUUCCCCACGCGUUCUAAGCCAAGGCGACCGCCACCGGAGCGGUGGAGAUCCAGAGGCGCCGCGGAUCGAAGGCGUGAGCGCGAGCAGCAGCAGCAGCAGCAGCCAUGGCGGAGAUCGGAGGCAUGCUCGCCGCCGCCGUCGUCAAGGCGGCGUACGGCAAGGUGGCGGCCGCCGCCGGCGACCUGGUCGCGCAGCAGCGGAUGUUCCGCAGGGACAUCGAGUACAUGAGGGACGCGCUGGAGUCCAUCGAGGCGCUGAUGGGGGACGCGGAGAGGCGGUCCAUCGAGGAGAAGUCGGUGCAGCUGUGGCUCAACCGCCUCACCACGGCCUCCUACGACAUCUCCGACAUCUUCGAUGAGCUGGAGGCCAAUGCUACCAGGAAAUCAGCUCUGCAAAAGUUAAAAGUUCUAAACCUCUGUCUCACAGCUGCUUCUAAGGUUGGUAUGGCUGAUAGGAUGAGGGAGGUUAGGGAGAGACUGGAGAAUAUCUCAAAGCAACGCCAGGAAUUCAGUUUCACGGCAGGCAACAGCUCCUAUGCACAGCAGGUUAUUGAUGAACGUGAAACAUCGUCGGAGGUGAUAAAAGCAGACACUAUUCUAGGAAGGGAUCAAGAUAAACAGAAAGUAAUAGCACUCUUAACUCAAGCCAGCCCCUCGUCAGAGUUCAUUAUCCUUCCAAUAUAUGGCAUCGGGGGCAUUGGCAAGACAACAUUGGCACAACUGGUUUUCAAUGAUACCCAUUUCAAGGAUUAUGAGAAAGCAUGGGUUUAUGUCUCCCAAGCAUUUGACUUGAAGAAGGUUGGCGACUCUAUAAGAUCAAAACUUCAAAACAACCAGAGUCAGUUAACCGACACAGAACAGCCACAUGAUGAUCCACCUGCUCUGACGAAGAUUCUGAUUGUUUUAGAUGACCUGUGGGAGAACGAUGAAUUCAAGGUUGAUGACCUGAAGCAUUCCCUAAAAAAGUUCUGCAAUGGGCGCAAAGUGCAUGUCAUUGUAACCACAAGGGAUGCUAGUAUUGCUCAGAAAAUUCAAACAACUGAAGCUUACGCAAUAGAGCCCCUGUCAUCUGAUACGUGCUGGACGAUAAUUAAACAGGCAAUAGGGGGCUUUGAAGAUAGAGCUGACAAACGAAGGUUGGAAGAUAUAGGAAAGGAGAUUGCAAUGAAGUGUCAAGGUGUGGCGCUAGCAGCUCGUGCUCUUGGGUACAUAUUGAUGAGGUCCAUGAAUUUUGACGGAUGGGUUUCAGUAAGAGAUAAUGACAUUUGGAAUAUAUCUGCGACAGAAUGUACACCUUCUCCAUAUGAUACUGUGCUUGCAUCUCUGAAAUUAAGCUACAUCAGUAUGCUGCCGUACCUAAGGCCAUGCUUCGCCUAUUGUGCAAUCUUUCCAAAGGGCCGCAAGAUGGCAAAAGAUGAUCUUAUUUAUCAGUGGGCUGCUCUUGGUUUCAUUAAUAAGUUGUCUAACGAAGAUUCCACGUGGCUGCAGAAUGGUGAGAGCAUCAUCAGGCAACUAUUAGGGAUGUCCUUUUUGCAACAUUCAAAUUCCCCUUCGUCUUAUGGGCAACCCGGCAAAAAUGUGACAUUUUUCACUAUGCAUGACCUGGUGCAUGACCUCGCAAGAUCGAUCAUGCGGGAUGAGGUUCUUGAUACUACUAUAAAGCACAAUGCUAGAGGAAGCAACUACCGCUAUGUGUCCCUUGCAGAUUGCACGAAGCCAUUGAAUUCAUUUGUGACUUAUCCUGAUAAGAUUCGAGCCCUUUGUUUUCCGGGAAGUGCCAAAGUUGGACGUGAUGCCGAUGGAUUUUCAUGUGCUAAGUAUCUGCGUGUGCUGGAUUUGGCAGAAUGUUCCAUACAGAGCUUGCCAUAUUCUAUUGGCCAGCUGAAGCUGUUGAGGUAUCUCAAUGCUCCAGGCAUCAAAGAUCGAGUGAUUCCUAGUUGUAUCACCAAGCUCUCAAAGUUAAUUUACCUUAACCUUCGUGGAUCUUCUGAGAUUUUAGCACUGCCAGAAUCAAUUGGAGAAAUGGAAGAUCUGCAAUAUCUAGAUUUAUCAGGUUGUGAGAAAAUUAGGAAACUACCAAAAUCAUUUGAGAAGCUAAGAAAUUUAGUUCAUCUGGAUUUAUCUGAUUGCCCUGAAGCCAACGGUAUAGCAAGAGCCUUGUGUAGCCUUAGCAAACUCCGAUAUUUGAAUUUAUCUAGGGAAAAUACAUGGCUAGAUUUUGGACACAGUGUACCUCUUCGAGGGCUUCCAGAAGUGAUAGGAAAACUCAUUGAACUACGGUAUUUAAAUUUAUCAAACUGCACGGGUUAUAUCUUUGACCCUCGAACUACGGUAUCAGAAGGUGAAGAAAACUCAUACCCUUAUAUUCAAAAAAUGGAAAACUCAGGUCCUGUUGGUAGUUUCCUUGAUACUAUCAGUACCCUCUCAAAUCUAGAGUAUCUAGACUUAUCCCGAAAUAUGGUUUAUUCUAUACCUGACAGUUUUUGUAGCCUCAGUAAGCUACAUACACUAGACCUCACUGGAUGCUAUAAUCUAAUAAGGUUACCAGAGAAUGUAGAUGAUAUGGACAUGCUGAAGUUUCUAAUUGUGAAGGACUGCAGGAUCCUAAUAAAUACGUCCAAUCUGCAAAGCAACAAGCAUGUGAUCCCAUUGCCGGAAUUUGUGGUACAUGCUGCUGAAGGUGAACAUAGCAGCAAUCUUGUUCUCCUUAAGAAUGGCUCUCCUCCUGAGUUGGAGUUAUGUUGCCUUGAAAACGUAAAGUCCGUAGAAGAGGCACGGGCAAUAAAAUUGAGGGAAAAGCAAAGUAUGGUAAAACUGACACUUGCUUGGACAACAGAGAAACGAUUUGUGGAGGACAUGGAAUUGUUGAGAGAGCUAGUACCACCACGCAAUUUAGAACACUUUGAGCUCAGAGGUUAUAACAAUGUGAUCUUUCCAACAUGGCUAACGGACAUUGCUAUGUAUCUCCCUAACCUUGUCAGUGUGUGUUUGUGGGACAUCACCCAGUGCGGUAGCCUACCACCACUUGGUCAGUUACCGAACCUAAAAAGUCUUAAACUCGUGGCAAUAUCUGGCAUUACAAAAAUUGACAGAGGCUUCUGCGGUGGUGUCAAAGCUUUCACUCGAUUGGAGGAUUUUUCCAUGCUCCGGAUGGAGAGUUUGGAAGAGUGGACGACGGCGUACUCCAAUGGUAAGGGGGGUGCUGCGGAUAAGUUCAUGUUCCCCAAUCUCAAGGAUCUGACAAUAUGUCGAUGCCACAAGUUGAGGUUGAACCCAUGUCCACCAAGAGUGAAGGGAACGUGGCGCAUAGAAGAGAGUGAUGGGGUGCUAUCGCAAUGGGGAGAGAGUUCUCCGUACACUGGUUCUUCCACCUCCUCUGCUUCACUAGCUUGCUUGGACAUCAAAUCCAGCAUGGCGCCUGUGCAUCAGUGGAAGUUGCUUCACCACCUUCCUGCCGUCAAGAAGUUAGUUAUUAUGUGCUGCAAUGAUCUGAACAGCUCAUCAGACUUCGUUGGAGCCUGUUCCUUACGAGAACUUACUACUCUUAUCUGCAAUGAUAUCACAUCACUGCCACAAUGGUUGGGAAGACUCACCACUCUCCAGAAGUUGGAAAUCCGAAGUUGCGAAAGCCUGAAUAAUUUGCCAGAAUGGUUAGGUGACCUUGUGUCUCUCAAGGAUCUGAACAUUUAUAAUUGCCACGGCAUCGUGUCUCUGCCGGAAAGCAUACAACGGCUCACUAAACUUAAACGUCUAAGCAUUCAGCAGUGCCCUGCACUAGAGCAGUGGGGCAAAUUAAAGGAGAACAAGAAAAAGAUUCGUCACAUCAAAGAGGUGCGUGCUCUACUAUGACACUGGCCCUAUUUGGUGAGAUGGCAAGAGGAGGUCGAUAUAUGGACAAUGUUGAUGGAGUGUGCGGAGGAUUUUAGUGAAGAAUGAACAAGGUGGCUUAGCGCCGACGGACCCAUAUUGGCUUAUUGAAUGCUAGAACUGAUGAUCGAACGAAACAUAACGAGCAGCCAUCAAUCGCCCCCGGUGCAAGCUUACAAACCACAGAGUUUUCCAACAGUCCCUGAAGACUCAAAUGUUAAGAUGAGCAGCAGCACAUCAUACUGCGCUGAUAUCCUCGUCGGAACCACAGCAGAACCUUGAUCUGAAAUGUUGCGCAGCGAGCGGGUCCUUCUCAUGAAAACAGCAGCGCUUCAGGUUGAUCCACUUAUUGCCGGGCUUCACUGUGUCAUAACAAUCAGAUGCAUCACUGAGCAAGUGAGCCAAACGUUUCGGCACUUGGAUUCAGUAUUCAGGAAUAUCAUCAGCUUCUCUUGUAUACUGUGGUCAUCUACCUAAGGAUCCUUCCAGGUAACUGUGCAAGCUCCCUAUCAGUCUCCUCAACCUGUCUUCUAAUUCAUCUUCUCCCCAGACCAUGCAACGGAUCUUCCAGUUUUGGACCAAGUCGGCCACCUUGAGGAGUAAAAACGCCAUUACAACUUUCCAGAGUCCAUUAUGAAAACACAAGUCAUUUCUCAGAUUCUACCGCCCCACAGGCUGCUGUACUCUGGUCAAGAUAGACUUUCACAGUGAACCUUGCACUACUAGCCACAUUUUGUCAAUUGACCCCAAGUCCCUAUUACCACACUAAAUGUCUAAUAUAUCAGAGAUUUGUGUGUGUGUCCAAAAUUGUUUAGCUAACACACAUUCAAAAAAUAAAAAUGGCAAGCUAUUUCUCUUUCUGUGCAAAGCAAACAAGAAUCAUCAUCUAAGUGUUUCCUCUUGCUAAUAUUAUCUCUAGUCAAUAAUUUGUUUCGAAAGAGCAGCCACAAGAAAAAAAUGCAUUUUUUGUUGGAGAAUGAAUGGAGCAAAAUGUAUCAUUCAAGCUCACGGUAUCGGAGAGGCCUUUCUCGGGCAGAUCACUUGGUAUGAGUAUGACCGCACAGGCGAGCCGCUGCCCACUGCUGGCUUGGCUUCCAUUCAUGUGAACUGGCAGGAAGUGAAGGGAGACACUAGUGUGAUUCGUCAGGCCUUCAGGGACUGGCGAACUAAGCUGGUCGUUUGGCUUGCCGGGAGUGAGUGGUUUCAAAGGCCGUUUGUAUCGCCGUGACAUUCUACUAGUGUUUAACGACCAUAAUCAUGGUUAUUCGGAUGCAA